GGAUCUUGGAAUCUACUCAUCGAGCGGUUAAUUGAAAUACUUACAAAAUACUAAAGCAGCGUUCAGCUAUCAGUUAUCAGCGCGUUCGAUCUAAUACAGCGUAAUUCAUUUAAAUCAAUCACAAAAAGUCAAUCAGAGCAAAUCGAAAAUGGCCCUGUCCAAGAUCGAUGCGGAGAUCGAGCAGGUCGAUCAGGAGAAGUAUCUGCGCCAGGCCACCAACUACUAUCAGGCCCUGGAGAAGCCCCUCAAGUAUGGGCCCGUCAUUGAGACGAUGGACCAACUGAUUACGGCCCUGCAUCGCGAGUUCGAGUCGAACUACGUGAACAUCGAGAUGGUCAAUCACCUGAUGCUCUCCUACAAGUCGAACCCCAAGGAGUGGCGCAAAUACGCCAAGUUUGACCGUUACACCUACACCCGCAACCUGGUCGACGCCGGCAACGGCAAGUUCAACCUCCUGAUCCUAUGCUGGGGUGAGGGUCACGGCUCCUCAGUGCACGACCAUGCCGACUCCCACUGCUUCAUGAAAAUGCUGAAGGGGGAUCUACGCGAGAAGCGCUACGAGUACCCCAAUCGCCCCAACAACACGGUCAGCAAGAACACCAGCCAUCCGCAUAGUCACGAGGGGGAUAUCGACACUCGGGAGCUGGUCGAGAUCGGCGAGACGCCGAUUGGCGUCAACGAUGUGGCCUACAUUAAUGAUAAUUUGGGCCUGCAUCGUGUGGAGAAUCCAAGUCAUGCCGACACCUCCGUUUCCCUGCACCUCUAUUGUCCACCCUUCGACACGUGCUCCGUUUUCCAGGACAACUGCAAAAAGACCACCGCCAAGGUCACGUUCUGGAGCAAGUACGGCGUCCGGACAAAACUGAAUGAGCAAUAGAUCAGCUUGAAUCUGAUUGCACAUCCGCAUUCCCCCAAAUACAGUUGUAUAUUGUUGUAUAUUGCUAAGAAUCUUUAUUAUUAGAUGUUUAGUGUGUGAGGGCCCUAAUAGCGAGUGAAAGCUUUGAACUAGGCCACGUAAGCGCUCACUUGAGAGGCUAGAAGAGCAGAUCAGAGCUCUCUCCUAAGCUGGAACUUGGAGCUUUCACUUUUUCCUGAGAGUGUUUCCUUAAUGUACCUAUCUUUAGUGUAAGCUAUACCAAAUGUUCAAUAUAUAAGUGACUAAUUGACAA